GGAACAACUCCAACCAGAUUACGGGAUUUUAUAUGUACGAUCGCGUCUUCAUUUUUUCUUUCUUUAUAUAAUUUGGAAUUUAUGAAGUCGGGUCCGCCAUUGUCUGCUGCAGCUCCAUCAUGUGCUUCAUGUAAUAAGUGCAUUGAGCUAUGGUGUUUGGCAUGCAGUAAAGUUUCAGAGUUUGAACACCAAGCGGUAGGGGUGAAAGUACAGAGCCAGAGAGAAAGAGAGAGGACUUCUUCUUACUUAUAACUCUGCAUCUGGAAAAUAACCCAUCAAUUUCCCACACCCUGCAACAGUCCCUGACUCCAUGACUGUGUUCUUCGCCACUGAUUCAAUCACCAACAGGAAUCGCCAUGAAAGCCCUCUUUUCCUGUCUUCCUUUCAUCUUUCUUCUCAAAUCUGCUUUUGGGUUCGGCUCUAUGGGCCCCAUCUCCGCCGCUUUCGGGGACAGUGGCUUCUUUUGCGCCAUUGAUGCCAGUGGCAAGCAACAGGUCAUCUGCUGGGGCAACAAGACCAACUCUUCUUCUCCAUCCUCUCCGUCUAGCCUUCCCAUCAGCCUCCCUCCCAUGGUUGCUCUUACAGGCGGCGGAGGAUUCCUCUGCGGCAUACUGGCGAACACUUCGCAGGCUUAUUGCUUUGACUCCACCGGAUCAGCAAGCUCUGAUCUUGUACCUUCAGUAUUUAAAUCCAAUUAUUAUUCCCAUAUUGCAGCUGGGAGAAGCCAUGUCUGUGCUCUUAGAAGCCUUUAUUAUUCCCAAAGUGAUUUGGGCACUGUUGAUUGCUGGGACAUUAUUCGAAAAUCAAACAGUACCAGACUUACCUCAAGGCAGAGCAAUCUGUUCUAUGAUCAGUAUAUUAGCACCCUCAUUUUCAAUAACCUCGUUUCGGGAGAUGGAUUCAGCUGUGGCAGUGUUAGUGAUGUGGGCGGUUUAGCCUGUUGGGGUCCAAAUUCAAGCAAGUUAGAAGUCCCUGGUGCGCCGGAGAGUUUCCAUUCUUUGACUUCAGGUAUAGAUUCUGUCUGUGGAGUUUCUGAAGUGUCCAAGAAGCUUAAAUGUUGGGGAGCUAAUGAUUCUUUUGGCACCCUUCCGGAUGGAAUCCCCUUUGUCUCAUUGGCUGCUGGUGAUCGUCACUUCUGUGGAAUCCGAGAAGACAAUCACGGGAUUGAGUGCUGGGGAAACUACAACUCCUCAUCAUUGAUCCCAAAAGGAUCUGGUUUUCUUGCGAUUGCCUCGUCCGAUUUCGUCACUUGUGGGAUAAGGGAAAGUGAUUUAGUUCUGGACUGCUGGUUCACUAAUGUGUCAUCAAAGUUCAAUUAUGAUCCUCCAUUGGAGCUCUGUAGCCCGGGUUUAUGCACACCUGGUUCAUGUGGUGAAGGGAGAUUCUCUUUCAAUGCCAGCCUUCUGAAUGAACCAGAUUUGACUAGCUUGUGUGUUAGGACUGAUCUAAGGAUCUGUUCCCCUUGUGGACUCAAUUGCUCUCAAGGUUUUUUCACUUCCAGCCCUUGUACGAAAAAUGCGGACCGAGUUUGCACCCCUUGCUCGCUCUGCCAGAACAGCUCAUGUUGGGAUAUCUGCAGCCUUCCACCGUCUUCUUCCUCCCCACACCGUCGGCUCCAAUGGCGUGUUCUGGCUCUCAUCAUUGGCUCUUCUCUUGCAGGCUUUUCAUUCAUCAUCAUUUCCUUUUGUUCCAUAUCUCGUUUAAAUGCCACCAAAGAAAGGAAAGGGAAAAGGGGAGGUGAUCAAGAAUCUGAUGCAAGCAGAGAUAAUCACCUUCUUCUUUUCUCUGGGACCCAACCAUUUCCAGGGGCGGCUCAGGUUUUUUCGGCUUUCAGAGCUUAAAGAUGCCACCAAUGGGUUCAAGGAGUUUAAUGAGCUUGGAAGGGGUAGCUAUGGCUUUGUCUACAAAGCCGUUCUUCCUGAUGGAAGGCAAGUGGCCGUAAAGAGAGCUAAUGCAGCUACAAUAAUACAUACGAAUAGCCGGGAAUUCGAAAUGGAGUUGGAGAUACUAUGCAAUGUCCGUCAUGGCAAUAUCGUAAAUCUGUUGGGUUAUUGUUCGGAGAUGGGAGAAAGGAUUCUUGUUUAUGAGUAUAUGCCUCAUGGGACUCUCCAUGAUCAUCUCCAUGGAGGUCUCUCCCCACUGAAUUGGAACCUUAGGUUGAGGAUCGCAGUGCAGGCAGCAAAAGGUCUCGAGUACCUUCACAAAGAAGUUGACCCGCCUAUUGUUCACCACGAUGUGAAAAGCUCAAAUAUUCUUUUGGAUGCGGAUUGGGUCGCCCGGAUCGCGGAUUUUGGGUUGCUAACCCAUACUGAGAAGGACCAUCAAAGUGGAGAUGUGAAAGCUGAUGUUUAUAACUUUGGGAUUGUGAUGCUUGAAAUUCUCUCUGGAAGGAAAAGUUAUGAUAGGGAUUGCAUGCCUCCCAAUAUAGUUGAAUGGGCAUUGCCAUUGUUGAAACAAGGGAAAGCGGCUGCGGUUAUUGAUGGAUAUGUGGCUCUUCCUAGAAAUGUUGAACCUUUACUUAAAUUUGCCGAUAUAAUAGAGCUUUCUCUUAGGGAAGAUCCCAGUUUACGGCCUGAUAUGUCAUAUUUGUCGCAUUCUUUGGAGCAGAUAGUGAAGGAAGGAUUGAUAUUAUAGUUCUCGAGCUUAUUGUUCUUUGGUGAUCAUUCCAGGAAAAAAAUCUGAGAGCAAACAACUGUGAGUAGCGCUCUUCUGCAACUGUACAUUUUUAUGAGCAGUGCUUUGUAUAUUACUGUGUACUUGUACACUUCACCACAUUCUUCUCAUCAAAAUUGAUAAAUAAAUCAAUAUAUGAUAUGAGGUUUUGUCAAUUAGAUCACUUUUCAUGUAUGCAUUAACUUGGAACUUGGAAGCUAUAUACUCAGGCAUUAUGCUUAUCUUACGUUAUUUCACAAUAGCCAAAUAUAUAAAGAUAAAAACUUGGUCUUGGAUUACUCCUUGUAUGAGAUUAACUUUUUUU